AUGGAGCAGAACACCGAUCAGCCAAAGAAGACGUCGUCGGUACGGCAGCUGCUGCGCCAACAGCGCGAGCUGCAGGAGAUGCGAAAAUUCGGCUUAGCGCCGCUCGCAGUGGAUACGGAGACACACCAAGAGAUCAGCCCCAAUAUUCCAGAGUUCAUCUCGCGUGCGCCAUGGUACUACGGGGCAACCGGCCCCACGCUCGUCCAUCAGCGCAAGCAGGGCGACGGCGCCACUGAGGUGCCGGACGAGGUUCUCGGUGAGAAGGUCGAUCGCAUCGUCUUCAAGGGCCAGGCCACUCGUUUCACCGCCGGCGCGUGCAAAAACUGUGGCUCCCGCACCCACAAGGCGAGCGAGUGCUUCCAGGCGAGGAAGAAGGUGGGGAGCAUCUACACGAAUCGCGUCACGGGGAUCGACAUCGAGAUGCAUCAAGAGGUCAAGACGUACUCGCAGAAGCGAGACCGAUUUGCGGGUGAGGUUGGCAUCGACCUGAUGCGCGGAGUGCGUCAGGACGAAGGGGGCGACGACAGCGAUGUCGCGGAACCGGAGACGGCGCGCCAUCGGCCCCAGGGCGUCUUUGGCAGCCGUACCGCACAGCACGGCGGGGUGGAGGUGAAGGAGCUGCCCAAGUAUCUGCACAACUUGGAUCAGCAGGAUGGCCUCUUCUUCGAUCCGAAGACCGGCUCCAUGCGCGCGAACCCGAACACGGACGACUCGACCAAGACUUUUCAGGGAGACCUGGAGCGCUACCGCACUGGCGACUACUACAACUACGUGGAGUCGCAGUGCCGCUUUUUGACAGGGCAGUCGAAGUCAUUUGUGGACUUCGAGUUUGAUGACGCGAUGCGCAGGGCGCGCGAGAAGCAGCAGUCGCAGCAGGAGCAGCAAGAAGAGGAUAACGCAGGAGAACCAGCGACGACGGUGCUGACAGAAACACCGCAGGAUGUUCUCUUACGCUCCUUGUACGGCACAAAUAGGCCAAAAUUCCGCUCGGACGUGCCACCCUCAUCCACCACCGAAGUCAAGACGCUUGUGCCAUCCUCAUCUCUUCCGAUGGACGCACCCACCACGGCGGCAACUGCGACAGCGACAGCGCACUCCAGUGUCCAGGCAGCUUCCCUUUCAUGGGUGCCUACACGCAACGGCCACACCGCCGUGUACGGAAGCUACUUUGAUUCCAUACACUUUCGCUGGGGCUACAUGUGCUGCAAGGCCACCGGCAAGGAUGCAACCGGGUGCAGCACGACGCACGCGUGA